GAGUAGACCAUCAUUGCAAAAUUACAUAAUAUCUCAAAUAAGUCGAUAUAUUUACUUUUGUUUUCAGACAAAUUGUACAGAAAAAUUCUGCAACAAAAUUAAUGCAUUUCAUUUACCCAGGUGCAGUGCAUCAUCAUCAGCAUGCUCAGCAGCAGCAACCUUAUCUUGGCUCAACGGCGACUUCCGUAGUUGGCGUUAAUUCGCCCAUUGGGAGUGCUGCAGCAGCAGCGGCUGGCAAACAGAUUGAAGGACCCGAAGGUGGCAAUCUUUUCAUCUACCACUUACCGCAAGAAUUCACGGAUACCGAUUUGGCGUCCACGUUUAUACCUUUUGGUCACGUUGUUUCCGCCAAAGUAUUCAUCGACAAACAGACGAAUCUGUCGAAAUGUUUUGGUUUCGUCUCCUAUGAUAAUGCGGCGAGCGCUCAGGCUGCCAUCCAGGCCAUGAAUGGGUUCCAAAUAGGAACCAAGCGUCUUAAGGUGCAGCUGAAGCGUUCAAAAGAAGCGUCCAGGCCUUAUUAAAAAGAUUUAAAAUUAUAAACACACACGCGCGACCACACUUAUGAAAAAAUGCAGACUGGCUGCUAAUUGUUUGCUCUGGUAAAUGACCAACUGAUACGUCUGGUACUUUUCUGAGUCAUCGUCACCUCAAAAUAAUUUGGUCAAGUCUCGAUUAAAAUUAUUGUACAUAUCCCUUUCAUGCAAUAUUUUUUUUCCAAAAUCCCAAUUACUGCUACUCUCGUAUACAUGGCGAGUUGUUUCGUAAUCAUUGUCGUGUAUUACCAAAAAUGACAUUUUAUAAAUCAAUUAAAAAAUCGCAAAUUUAAGAAAAAAUCCACCAAGUCAAACAACAAACAAAAAAUGAGUUGCCGUUUUGCCUAAAAAUAAUUUAUAUUAUCGGAAAUAGGAAUAUUUCUAAAUGCCGAUUUCAAAGAUUGUUCUAGUCUUCGCUAAUGAAUUGAUAAUGUAUAAAAGUAAUCUAAAAAUAAAAGGCAAACGGGUGUCGAAAAAGCAAUCAUUUGGUAUUAGAGAACUUAAAAUGCGUUUAUCUAUUUCAAGAUUCUUUGAAUUUACAUAUGAUUGCCAUUAAGGUUUUGACCAAAAAAAUAAUUGAUCCGCGAAUUACUACUCUUUUCAUAAUCACUGAUUACUUAUAUACGUGUAACGAUUUUUUGUAAGAAUGAUUACUAUGUACUUUUAAUUUUUUGUCAUAAUAUAUAAUUUAGAAA